AUGACAAGCAAACGCGGCAGCUGCGCUGCCGUACCCCCCUCCCGUCCGGGUCUGUCGGAGGAGGUCCCGGACCCCAAGCGCCGCAAGUCCAGCAUCCUCCACUACCUCCGCCCCCAAACCUCAGCAGAUGCCCCGGCAUGGCGCCCCAAGGAGUCGGACUCGGCGCCCGGCUCACCCGCCAUCGACCUCCUGCCGGCCAUCACGCCAGGUACCUUGCCAGAUCCCAAGCCCCUGCAGCUGUUUGGGUCUGUCUGGCAUGGCUGA